AUGGCUGGCAACGACAACAACGUCAACGUCCCAAACCCUGAUCCCUUCCACAUGGACAAUCUCAUCCAAGGUUCCACCUCCGAGGGGACGAGUCGACAUCGGCGGGAGGGACAACAGCAUACCGCUGACGGGAAAGGGAGACCGAGGCAUGAGACCUCGCAACCUAACAGAAGACAGCAACCUCAGAACGUCGAGCAGGCUCAAAACGGUGGGAACGAGCAACCUCAACCCCAUAACGAACCAGAGCAAGCUCAAAACCUGAACGAAACUAACGCUAGAGACGGGCAGGUUGCCUCCUCGUUCACCCAUACCUCUGAUAGGCGAAGAGUUCAAUACGAAGACGACCAAGAACAGGUCGAUAUCCCCGAGGAAGCCGACUCCACAACCGUCCUCUUGCUCAAAGAACUGCAGAAGACCAACCGCCUCAUCCGGCUUCAAGGUGACCGCAUUGACGAGCUAGAAAGGAAGCGACGAUAUCGUUCCCCCCCGCGGAGGCACUAUCGGUCGCGUUCCUAUUCUUCCUCGCGCUCACCGCCGAGGAGGUAUCGUCGGCGUUCCCCAUCUUCUCCACGCUCCCCACCUAAAAGAUAUCGUCGUCGGAGAUCAUAUUCCCGCUCUCCCCAACGAAAGAGCAAGAAAAAUCAGAGGCCCAAAGCCACAGAAAUUGGGAGCCUCUCUCCCGAGCGAGAUUCUCGGGGCCCCUCCAAGGCUGUGUUGAAACCCCGCGAGCGUUCCCCUCCCCGGGACAACCGCAAAAAUCCAGGCAAAACACAGCUAAAACCCCGGCGAAGCAGACACUCGACCUCUCCAGGACCAAGUGACGAGGAAGACUUCCGCAACCCCUUGUCCGAAAGCAUCCGAAGAGCUCGUCUUCCACGAGUAAUGGAAAAACCACCGACCUUGGACCUAUACGACGGAACUACCGAUCCCGACGACCAUAUUCGAAGCAUCGAAGCCGUCAUGGAUUAUCACGUCGUCUGA